AGGAGAGAAGAGCGCCGGGGAGAUCUUGGUCAGCGUACGGAGGGAACUGUCCUAGAGGGGUCAUUCGGAACGCAAAGACCCCGCGAAAUAGAGUACAUCCAUUCCCAGCAGCCAUCCCUUUCGAGGCACACGGGAUAACUUGGCUGGAACUACCUGCCGACCGCUCAGCCCGGCAUGCGAGGCUGCAGCAGCGUAGAGCCUCUUCCAGAGCGGCCGCAGCGGCGCAGGCGGGAGGGGGAAACCCAGGUGCGGCUCCGCGGUGACCAGGUGAGCCCGUGCCCGAGUCCGAGCGUGAGCCAGGUGAGCGUACGCCCGAGUCCGCGAGUGACCCAGUGAGCCCACGUCCGGAUCCGCAAGAAAACCAGUUCUCAACUGGUGAUGAAGAACGGUGAUUCCCUGAACAGGUCGAAAGCCCCUGGUCCUGGGAUGAGCUGUGCGACACGUACUGUGACAGAGGUCUGUCAGGCAAUGGAAGAUCUACCAGGUGGGGAAGCCUCGCUCCAAAGCGGGUGGCCAGCUCAGCUUGCUCAUCCUGAUUCUCAGCAAGUUGGAUGCCCCAAGCCAAACCCGAGCGGCCCAACCUGCAAGAGGAAGCGGGGCAGGCGCCCGCAGGCCAGGCUCACCAUGACACCGUGUGAGACCUCGGGCUACAACACGGGACCCGGGCGCUGCUCCGACCCCUCGUGUCUUGUGUUGCAGCCGGAGGGACGCAGGUCCGCAGCAGAGCCUCUCCGCCGCCUGGGGACCGGCGCAGAAGAACCGCGCGGAGACGCAGGGAAGGCCAGCUGGCGCAAGAUUGUGAGCUCCUGGGAAAGGGGGUCAGAAGAGUAUCUGCAGCCUUCCCAGUUCUUACUCCCAGAUGACUGCAGCCACCCACCGGGAGCCAGGCUGCACGUCCUUUCUGGUGAGGUCAUGGCUCAGAGCUUCAGUUCUCCAGGCAUGAGCUGA